UUAGCUUCUGGAAUUUAUACGUUUGCCUGCUCUCUGUGGAAUCACCAUACAGACACAUUCCUGCAACAAUUUUCUUCUGGCAAUGAAGCUGCAUUUCUAAGUUCACUAGAACGAACUCUACUAUCAUUAAAAGUGCUGCGUAAGUUAACUGUUUAUGGAUUUGUGGAACCUCAUAAGAAUAUGGAGGUGAUGGGCUUUUUACAUGGAAUAUUUGAACGUCUGAAACAGUUUUUGGAAUGCAGCAGAAGUAUAGGUACAGAUAAUGUAUGUAGAAAUAGACUGGAAAAGGCCAUCAUCCUUUUUACUAAAGUGCUUUUGGACUUCUUGGAUCAACAUCCCUUUUCAUUUACUCCUCUAAUUCAGAGAUCACUGGAAUUUUCUGUGAGCUAUGUUUUUACAGAAGUUGGUGAAGGUGUUACAUUUGAACGAUUCAUUGUCCAAUGCAUGAAUCUUAUUAAACUGAUUGUCAAAAAUUUUGCUUAUAAGCCAUCCAAAUAUUUUGAAGACAGCAGCCCCGAAACGCUUGAAGCCCAUAAGAUUAAGAUGGCAUUCUUCACAUAUCCCACAUUGACAGAGAUAUGUAGAAGAUUAGUUUCUCAUUAUUUUUUAUUAACUGAGGAAGAGCUGACAAUGUGGGAAGAAGAUCCAGAAGGCUUCAUUGCAGCAGUGGAAGAAAUAGGAGGGGAUUCUUGGAAAUACAGUUUGAGGCCUUGCACUGAAGUCCUAUUUAUAGAUAUAUUCCGUGAAUAUAAUCAAACUCUUACUCCUGUACUUCUAGAAAUGAUGAAAACACUUGAAGAGCCCACCAGUGUGGAAGAUAUGCAUGCAUUGUUAAUCAAAGAUGCUGUGUAUAAUGCUGUUGGAUUAGCUGCUUUUGAGCUGUUUGACAGUGUUGAUUUUGAUCAGUGGUUUAAAAACCAACUUCUUCCGGAAUUACAAGUCACUCACAAUAGGUAUAAGCCAUUGCGGCGCAGGGUGAUUUGGCUCAUCGGUCAGUGGAUUUCUGUGAAAGUGAAGUCCGACUUAAAACCCAUGCUAUAUGAGGCAAUCUGUAACUUGCUUCAAGAUCAAGAUUUAGUGGUCCGGAUUGAAACAGCUACAACUCUGAAGCUAACUGUUGAUGAUUUUGAAUUCAGAACAGAUCAGUUUUUACCGUAUUUGGAGACCAUGUUCACACAACUUUUUCAGUUACUGCAGCAAGUUACAGAAUGUGACACAAAGAUGCACGUUUUGCAUGUCCUUUCCUGUGUGAUUGAAAGAGUCAAUGUGCAGAUACGACCGUAUGUAGGACGUUUAGUACAAUAUUUGCCUCUUCUUUGGAAGCAGAGUGAAGAACACAAUAUGUUGAGAUGUGCUAUUCUGACAACCCUUAUUCAUCUUGUUCAGGGAUUAGGAGCAGACAGCAAGAACCUGUACCCUUUCCUGCUCCCAGUUAUCCAACUGAGUACAGAUCUUUCCCAGCCUCCACAUGUCUAUCUUCUGGAAGAUGGUUUAGAAUUAUGGUUAGUAACAUUGGAAAACAGCCCAUGUAUUACACCAGAGUUGCUUCGUAUAUUCCAGAAUAUGUCACCACUUCUAGAACUAAGUUCAGAAAAUCUCAGAACCUGCUUUAAGAUCAUCAAUGGUUAUAUAUUUUUAUCAUCAACAGAGUUUUUACAGACAUAUGCAGUAGGUCUUUGUCAGUCCUUCUGUGAGCUGUUACAGGAAAUUACUACAGAAGGUCAAAUUCAAGUGCUCAAGGUUGUGGAAAAUGCCCUUAAAGUCAAUCCAGUAUUAGGCCCACAAAUGUUUCAACCAAUUUUACCCUGUGUUUUCAGUGGUAUUAUGGAAGGAGAGAGGUAUCCUGAAGUGAUGUCUACGUAUCUUGGAGUUAUCGGUCGAGUCCUGCUACAAAAUGCUAGUUUCUUUUCUUCGCUUCUGAAUGAGAUGGCACAUAAGUUUAAUCAGGAGAUGGACCAGCUUUUGGGAAACAUGAUAGAAAUGUGGGUAGAUCGAAUGGACCACAUUACUCAGCCUGAAAGAAGAAAACUUUCAGCCUUGGCUUUGCUUUCUCUUCUGCCAUCUGAUAAUAGUGUUAUCCAGGAUAAAUUCUGUGGGAUUAUAAAUAUCUCAGUGGAGGGCCUACAUGAUGUCAUGACAGAAGACCCUGAAACAGGAACUUAUAAGGA